CCAAUCUGGCCAUCUUUCAUAAAUCCAGCCACUUGAGUGUUACAGUAGACCGUAUAAUAUACCCAGUGAGUGCUUUCGCCGCUUUUUCUCAUCAAUCUCAAAUUUAUUUUUUUCAGUAGAAAGCAAAUUCUUAAUGGUAUGGCAUCUUUUCUGAAAGCAACCCAUUUCAUUAGUUCAAAUAACAAGCUCCAAAAUCACCCUUUUCCUCAUUCAUAUACCCAAUCUCUCAAGAUUUCUACUUCCCGCAAACCUCCCAUGGCUGCCCUUAGCACCAAUGCAACUGUUGGUCUUUCUGAAACUUUCAUUCGAUUGAAACAACAAGGCAAAGUGGCAUUAAUUCCAUACAUCACUGCUGGAGAUCCUGACCUGGCAACAACUGCAGAGGCACUGAAAGUGCUGGAUAAAUGUGGUUCAGAUAUCAUAGAACUAGGAGUGCCUUAUUCUGAUCCGUUGGCUGAUGGGCCAGUCAUCCAGGCUGCUGCUACACGAUCACUGAGUAAAGGGACCAACUUCGCCAAAGUUAUAUCAAUGUUAGAAGAUGUUGUUCCUCAGUUGUCCUGUCCGGUUGCCUUGUUCACGUAUUAUAAUCCAAUACUUAAGCGCGGUGUUGAAAAGUUCAUGGCCACUGUAAGAGAUACUGGUGUACACGGACUUGUUGUUCCAGAUGUCCCUCUAGAGGAAACUGAAAUGUUGAGAAAGGAAGCUGCUAGGCAUAAUAUUGAAUUGGUAUUGCUUACAACACCAACUACUCCAACAACUCGCAUGAAAGCCAUUACUGAAGCUUCAGAAGGAUUCGUAUACCUUGUGAGUGCAGUCGGAGUUACUGGAGCUCGUGAAUCUGUGAGUUCUAAGGUUCAGUCUCUCCUGAAGGACAUUAAAGAGGCAACAUCUAAACCAGUGGCAGUCGGAUUUGGCAUUUCAAAACCGGAGCAUGUUAAGCAGGUGGCAGGAUGGGGAGCUGAUGGUGUCAUUGUUGGUAGUGCAAUGGUAAGAAUAUUAGGUGAAGCAAAAUCGCCGGAAGAAGGGUUGAAGGAAUUAGAGGUCUUCACCACAUCUUUAAAGUCUGCCCUCUCUUGAUCAGUGGUAGAAUUUAUGUUUUUGUAUUGUCAAGCUUGGGGCCAUCUCAUUUUUCAAAAUUAAGCUCUUAGAAGCAAAUGAAUCUUGAAAAUAGAUCGUCUGAUUUUAAGCUGAAGAUUUUGACAUUGAUAUUCUAGCUUGUAUUAGAUGCAAAAUUGUUUUCUAUGGUAUUUCAACUUUUGGGCAAAGACAUAUUUUCCCCGCUAUAUUGGCAAAAACCGAGUGCCAACUACUUUUGGCAAUUCACCUGA